AAAAAUCACUGCCCUGUAGACAUUAAUACGUUAUCAUUGUUAUUUACAUCUGUAUAAUCACUGAUUAUUACUUUUUGUAGACGGAUGUACCCUGUGCUAGAAUUCAGAUUUACUGAGCUGGUUCCAACAAAGAUGUACAAUGUUUUUGUUGAAAUUAUACCAGUGGACAAUUACUGCUGGAAAUUCAAGAAUGGAAAGUGGAAACCAUUUGAUGAUAUUGAACGGAAGACUCGAGCGGGAGGAAUUUAUUUACAUCCGGACUCGCCUAGUAACGGAGCUUUCUGGAUGAAAGAAAACGUGGUUUUUAACAAACUAAAACUCACAAACAUUGCGAGAGAUGUUAGCGGACAAAUAUACCUGAAUUCAAUGCAUAAAUAUCAGCCCCGGGUUCAUGUGAUUGAAGUAGGUCAGAAUAGAGCUGGGGAUCCGGACACAUUACAGACAAAAGUGUUUCAGGAGACCCAAUUCAUAGCUGUAACAGGCUAUCAGAAUGUGGAGAUUACACAGUUGAAGAUUGAUAAUAAUCCGUUUGCUACAGGUUUUCGGGAUUCAAAACACGGACGGAUGUACCCUGUGCUAGAAUUUAGAUUUACUGAGCUGGUUCCAACAAAGAUGUAUAAUGUUUUUGUUGAAAUUAUACCAGUGGACAAUUACUGCUGGAAAUUCAAGAAUGGAAAGUGGAAACCAUUUGAUGAUAUUGAACGGAAGACUCGAGCGGGAGGAAUUUAUUUACAUCCGGACUCGCCUAGUAACGGAGCUUUCUGGAUGAAAGAAAACGUGGUUUUUAACAAACUAAAACUCACAAACAUUGCGAGAGAUGUUAGCGGACAAAUAUACCUGAAUUCAAUGCAUAAAUAUCAGCCCCGGGUUCAUGUGAUUGAAGUAGGUCAGAAUAGAGCUGGGGGUCCGGACACAUUACAGACAAAAGUGUUUCAGGAGACCCAAUUCAUGGCCGUAACAAGCUAUCAGAAUGUGGAGAUUACACAGUUGAAGAUUGAUAAUAAUCCGUUUGCUACAGGUUUUCGGGAUUCAAAACACGGAAAUGUGACAUCGAACAGAAAUAUGCCAGGUUGCCAACACAACGAAACACUUUUCUUGGAAGACAAUGUAUUAUUUCCAAGCAUAUACUCAUCCGAUGAUAGCUUUGUGUCUGGCGAGCAUAUGAUAAAAAGUGAAAAUGAACGCACAAUAAAUGAAUGUCAUGAUCCAACAAAUGGAUAUUCCGUAUCUAAUCCUACGUAUUCGCCUUAUUACCAAAGUUCGAGCUAUUCCACCGCGGGUGUUAUUUCAUCCACAAAUCAACAUGGCGAUUUGCAAGUAGCAAUGACGUUUAACCAGUUACGUACCGAUCAGGAAGGGCAAUUCUUAAUGAAUAUGAGUGAUGUAAUGCGUAAGCGGCCGGAUGAUCAAAUGUACGGGGUAGAGCCUACUACAAAAACGAAUCAAGUAUUCUGGUAUGAUGUUUGAUGCUGAAUGAAUUACAGGUUAAAUCUGAAAAUGUCUAUGGAAAAGGUAAAACUGUAAAAAAAUGAAAUAUUAUUUCAUUACAAAAUUGAUACAAAAACAUCACAUAAUAAUUUAUCGUCUGUCGUAUUUACAAUGUUGCAUAACAUCACAUAAUAAUUUAUCGUCUGUCGUAUUUACAAUGUUGCAUCUGUUAAAAAAACAACAAAAUUUGAAAUUUGGGACGCUUUGUUUAUAAAUGAGUUGUAUUCUUUUAUAGAAAACAAGUUCGGCUGUAGAAUGUAUUGUGUUGACUUUUAAAACAUAGUUUCGGUUUUGAAGAAUAUUUAAUAUUUAUGUGCAAAUCCGAAAUACAUGCACCUUAUAAAUACAAUAUGCAUUGAAAAAUUUAGAACAAAAAAGCACCGAGACAUCCGAUAGUUGGAGGAAAGUCCAAUACAAUGAAAACAAUAUGUAUAUUGUGUAAUAUCGGUGAUGAAUAGCAUUACAUACUUCUAUAUUGUAGUUUAAAUGGUUUAAGAAGAAAAGGUGUUGAAGGAAAAUUCAUUAGCAGCCCAAAUAUCAUUACGUUAUACUAAUACUAAAAAUCUUAUUUAUUAUAGAAACUUUUGAAAUUCCACACUUAAUACAGUUACAUAAACAAGCUUUUUUAUUUCAUCUUUUAAUGGUCCCUUUAACAGUAUUUGUGAUUUGUCAAAUAUAUAAAUGCAGUUUUCUGUAGAAUAUAUACAAAAUUUAUUCGGGGAAUCUUCUCCGGCUUUGUACUUCAUAUAUCAAAUGUAAAUCAUUAAAUAUAUGUGAUAUUCAUUUACAAAUGUUACUGUGUAUUUUCAUUGAUAUAUCAUUUUUAUUGUAAAAUAAUUGGAAAUAAAGAAUAAAAGAAAAGGAAAAGAAAUGACAAACAUUAAUUGUCAUUUUAUUGGUAUUUCAAA